GAGGGAGAGAAAGAGGAUUUUGGCCGUGCCUUUCUUCCUCCUUCCCCUGAUUUCUCUUCCUCCUGCUGCAGCCCCGGCUUCUUGCAAAGCGGUGGGACCGAACAGGCGCUGAGACUUGGCUGGCUACCCUGCCUCCCGACUCUCUCCAUCGGCUCCUUCUGUUGCCUUAUUUUAUUUCUCACCUGAUCUAGAAGUCCCAGGAACGUGUGAAUUGGCGGCGGCCUUGGACUGAGAAAAGGAGGCGGCGACGGCAGACACCUGAUCCGUUGGGCAGGACCAACUGGCCUCUGAGGGACACUCCUUGCCAAUGGUGUCCAGAGAGUGAGUCACAAGCUGCCAAGGAGCCUGUUCGUAAACACCGAGGCCCUAGAAAGGGGAAUGGAGCUUAUGUGAGAGUCUCCUUGUCCUGCGGAACGGCUCCCGAGCGGUUGGGGUCCCAGCGAUUUGUGGAACACUCAGGUUGAGGAAUUUUAAUGGCUUUCAGGUAGAAGACCAGUGGAGACAAUCAGAAUGAAUUCUAUGGACCGGCACAUACAGCAGACGAAUGACCGACUGCAGUGCAUAAAGCAGCACUUACAGAAUCCUGCCAACUUCCACAAUGCUGCAACGGAGCUCCUGGACUGGUGUGGGGAUCCGCGAGCCUUCCAGCGGCCCUUUGAGCAGAGCCUGAUGGGAUGCUUGACGGUUGUUAGUAGAGUAGCAGCACAACAAGGAUUUGACCUGGAUCUCGGCUACAGACUCCUGGCCGUAUGUGCAGCCAACAGAGACAAGUUCACUCCCAAAUCAGCUGCCCUGCUCUCAUCCUGGUGUGAAGAGUUGGGUCGGCUGCUCCUCCUCCGUCACCAGAAAAGCCGGCAGAACGACCCCCCUGGGAAGCUCCCUAUGCAGCCCCCCCUGAACUCCAUGAGCUCCAUGAAACCCACGCUGUCCCACGGUGAUGGGUCAUUCCCUUACGAUUCUGUGCCGUGGCAGCAGAACGCCAACCAGCCUCCGGGGUCCUUGUCGGUGGUCACCACGGUAUGGGGAGUGACUAACACCUCCCAGAGUCAGGUACUGGGCAACCCUAUGGCUAACGCUAACAAUCCAAUGAACCCAGGAGGAAACCCAAUGGCUUCUGGGAUGACGACCAGCAACCCUGGCAUCAACUCGCCUCAGUUUGCUGGGCAACAGCAGCAAUUCUCAGCCAAGGCGGGCUCCACCCAGCCCUACAUCCAGCAGGGCAUGUAUGGACGCCCCAACUACCCUGGCAGCGGAGGAUUUGGGGGCAGCUACCCCGGCGGCCCCAACACCCCUGCGGGCAUGGGCAUCCCGCCGCACACCCGGCCCCCCGCCGAUUUCACCCAGCCGGCGGCAGCGGCGGCAGCCGCGGCGGUGGCGGCGGCGGCGGCAACCGCCACCGCCACCGCCACGGCCACCGUGGCGGCUCUGCAGGAGACGCAGAACAAGGACAUGAACCAAUACGGACCGGUUUGUUCCUCUUUCCAGAUGGGUCCCACCCAGGCGUACAACAGCCAGUUCAUGAACCAGCCCGGCCCGCGGGGCCCGGCCUCCAUGGCAGGCAGCAUGAACCCCGCCAGCAUGGGCGCCGGCAUGACUCCAGCCAGCAUGAGCGGGCCCCCCAUGGGCAUGAACCAGCCGCGGCCCCCCGGCAUCAGCCCCUUCAGCGCUCACGGUCAGAGGAUGUCCCAGCAGCCCUACCCGGGGCCCCGGCCCCAGUCCCUGUCGAUCCAGAGCAUAAAGAGGCCGUACCCGGGAGAGCCAAAUUACGGAAACCAGCAGUAUGGACCAAAUAGCCAGUUCCCAACCCAGCCUGGCCAAUAUCCCACACCCAACCCACCGAGACCUCUCACAUCUCCCAACUAUCCAGGACAGAGGAUGCCAAGCCAGCAAAGCACAGGGCAGUACCCGCCUCCGACUGUCAACAUGGGGCAGUAUUACAAGCCAGAGCAGUUUAAUGGACAAAAUAACACCUUUUCGGGAAGCAGCUACAACAACUACAGUCAAGGGAAUGUUAAUAGGCCUUCUAGGCCUGUACCUGUGGCAAAUUACCCUCACUCACCUGUUCCAGGGAACCCGACCCCACCUAUGACCCCUGGGAGCAGUAUCCCCCCAUAUCUGUCACCCAGCCAAGAUGUCAAGCCACCAUUCCCUCCUGAUAUUAAACCAAAUAUCAAUGCUCUACCACCGCCUCCAACCAACCACAACGACGAGCUGCGGUUGACGUUCCCGGUGAGGGAUGGCGUGGUGUUGGAGCCCUUCAGGCUGGAGCACAACUUGGCAGUCAGCAACCACGUGUUCCACCUGAGGCCCACCGUCCACCAGACGCUGAUGUGGAGGUCUGACUUGGAGCUGCAGUUCAAGUGUUACCACCACGAAGACCGACAGAUGAACACCAAUUGGCCGGCCUCGGUGCAGGUCAGCGUGAACGCCACGCCUCUCACCAUCGAGCGGGGCGACAACAAGACUUCUCACAAACCUCUGCACCUAAAGCACGUCUGCCAGCCGGGAAGAAAUACAAUUCAAAUCACCGUCACGGCAUGUUGUUGCUCCCAUUUGUUCGUGUUGCAACUAGUCCACCGGCCCUCCGUCCGCUCUGUCCUUCAAGGCUUGCUCAAGAAACGACUCCUGCCUGCAGAGCAUUGCAUCACAAAGAUCAAGCGGAAUUUCAGCAGCGUGGCGGCCUCCUCGGGCAACGCAACAUUAAAUGGAGAAGACGGAGUGGAGCAGACGGCAAUUAAAGUGUCUCUGAAAUGUCCAAUCACAUUCCGGAGGAUUCAGCUGCCAGCCAGAGGCCAUGAUUGCAAGCAUGUGCAGUGCUUUGAUCUGGAAUCAUAUUUGCAGUUGAACUGUGAGCGAGGAACCUGGAGGUGUCCUGUAUGCAAUAAAACUGCUCUGUUGGAGGGUCUGGAGGUGGACCAGUACAUGUGGGGGAUCCUGAAUGCCAUACAGAACUCUGAGUUUGAAGAAGUCACCAUUGACCCCACGUGCAGCUGGAGGCCAGUGCCCAUCAAGUCCGACAUCCACAUCAAGGAUGACCCGGAUGGCAUCCCCUCCAAGAGGUUCAAGACCAUGAGCCCCAGCCAGAUGAUCAUGCCGAAUGUGAUGGAGAUGAUUGCAGCCUUGGGCCCUGGCCCUUCCCCCUACCCUCUCCCCCCUCCCCCCGGGGGCACUAGUUCCAAUGAGUACAGCAGUCAAGGCAACAACUACCAAGGCCACGGGAACUUUGAUUUCCCCCACGGGAACCCCGGCGGGUCCACCAUGAACGACUUCAUGCAUGGUCCCCCUCAGCUGUCCCACCCCCCAGAUAUGCCCGGCAACAUGGCUGCCCUCGAGAAGCCCCUCAGCCACCCCAUGCAGGAAACUAUCCCACAUCCUGGCAGUUCUGAUCAAUCCCAUAGUUCCAUGCAACAAGGUUUGCACGUACCUCACCCAAGCAACCAGUCAGGGCCGCCAUUACAUCACAGUGGUGCUCCUCCUCCUCCUCCUUCCCAGCCGCCCCGGCAGCCGCCGCAGGCCGCUCCUAGCAACCAUCCACACAGUGACCUGACCUUUAACCCCUCCUCAGCCUUAGAGGGUCAGGCCGGCGCACAGGGAGCUUCUGACAUGCCGGAGCCUUCGCUGGAUCUGCUUCCAGAACUCACGAAUCCAGAUGAGCUGCUCUCAUAUCUGGACCCUCCUGACCUGCCCAGCAAUAGCAACGAUGAUCUUCUUUCUCUCUUCGAGAACAACUGAAGUUCUGCUUUUUUUGUUUGGGUUCCCUCUUCCUCCCUCCCCACCGUACACCCCUCCCCUACCACACACACAACACACGCACACACGCACACACUCACACAAUUGUCCACUCUGGGGUGCAUCUCACUUGAAUGAGGUGCUCCCAGCUAACUCCUUCUUCAGAACUGCUGUGUGAAAGACACGGGAGAGAAAAUAACACACAGAACCACCACCAAUGCCUGAAGGGGCCAGAUCCCUCAGAUGGCUUAUCCUCUCUUCCAAUCUCCCCUCCCAGUUCAAAGCCUAAACUAUCGUGCAGCUAUUUUCUGACCACACUCAUUACAGUCCCAUAGAGAGAGCUCCGAGAUGCCCACCCAGGAGGAAUCCUGGCCUACCAGCAAGCGAAGAAAGAUGGAUCCUCGUCUCAGAAUCACCUUCCAACCCAGUGUUCUUCCAUUUCAGAAACUGGAACUCCCUACUCGGUCCCAAAAAAUCUCCCUGGAGUGACUGUGGAGCCAGGUGGAGGAGGACAAAGACUUUUGGUCACAAAUUAGAGAGAGAGAGAGAGAAGAAAGCGCACAGCACCUUGUGCAGGAAGUCAAGAGUUUUAGUGAUCGCUGUUGAUGAAGAUGACGAUAGUAAUGAUGAGGAAGGAAGACGCCUGAAACCACCAUCACCCACAAUGAAAAAAGCACAAAUCAUUUGCUGAAGAAAAAAGGAAGGGGUUGGUUAUCUUCUCUUGUCUGCCCCACUUGUGGUAAAGGGGGGAUCCUCAGUUUCUCUGAGCUACUGCCAACUUGAAUGUCUCCUCCAGGUAGCAGAAAUAUAUCUAGAUAUAGCUCUGCUUCCAAGUCCACUGCACAAACACAAGACUCCGAAACCACAGAGAAUGGGUGCAAACCAUCAGCCCAGCUCUGGAAGUAGAGUUUUGGUUUCUACUUUCGGUUCUGAGGGAUUUUCUGUAUUCCAUACUACCAAGUGCCCUGAGGGCUGGAGGGAGAUUGCCCAGAGGCCAACGGGUACCUGCCGAGAGCCUUCGGUUUCCACAGCCAGCAGAAGGACAGCGACAGCCAUAUCGUCCUGCACAACGUGGGGAGGGGGAGAGCUAAGCUGGUAAGAGCAAGGCAGGCCCCCGGAAGCGGAGGGGACGGUGACUCUUAACUUCACUCCCACCUCUUUUAUACAAUUUUGAAAAAAAAAAAGCAUCACUGAGAGAAAGGGGCAUUGGAAUUGAACAACAAAUCGCUUCUCUUUCAUUCUGUUUCCUUUGGUUCUUUUCGUCUCCAAGACUGUUACAUGUAGAGUCCAGCUCCUCUCUCUCCCACUUCCUUCCCCAUCCCCUCCCCUUUACUUUGUGUCGUAUUCUAGCUGUCAGGAUGGUGGGUUGCGUUGCGUUCAUUGAGGAAGGAGGUGGGUCUGGGGUGAGCGGGGAUUAGCCAUCGCUCCGUUAUUGCAGUGGCCCAUGAUGGGACCCCAUGUCACCCUGGCUCUUGUCCCACGUCCGUCCGUCCGUCUGUGCUGCUUGUGGGGCUACCUCUCCUGCAUGAGCUCCCUAUAGCUUCUCUGCCCAUUGGCGUGUGCUCUGUGUGUGUGUGUGUCUCUCCCGCGCUCCCUUUGAUAAACCGUGUACAGUAGCUGUGUAAGACGUGCAUGCGUGCCAACUUCACCUGCGUGGAGCUACAUUUCAGCUUUGCCCCAUGUACAGUUCUUCCUUCUUGGUUACUCGAAUCAAUUUGACUCUUCCCACUCAGAUGAAAAAUGAAGUCUCUUUUUUUCUUUCCCUCUCUCUUUUGGUAGGAUCCCAGCUGUCGCAUC